AUGUACCGCACCCUCCUUCGUGGCACGGUCAUAGCUCGGAAGACUGAGUUCGAGCUUUCGGGUAUGGCCUCGCUUCGUCGGAAGCUCGAGACCGCCGCCACAGCCAACAAUAAGCUCAAGGCUCAAGUCGAAACACUUCAGGAGCAGCUGACCGGGGCGAAGAGUAAGCUUGAUGCCGCCGAGAAGAAGACUGCGUCGGCCGAAGAGAAGCUAAAGACUGUCGACGCUUCUGUGUCCCGUCUGACGGAGCAAGAAAUGACUUUGAAGAGCCAGUUGAGUGCCGCACAGGGUCGAGUGGCCGUGUUGGAGAAGGAGCGGGACACAGCUUUGGCAGCCGCUAAGACUGCUCAAGAUGAGGCCGAUGCGUUCAGGAAGAAGCACAAAGAAGCCAGAGAGCAAGGCAAGAAUGCGAUUUUCACAGUCGAAGAGGCUCUCAAGGCUCAAGUGAAGGUUAUUGCUCCCGACUUCGACAUAUCGGCAAUCGGUGUCUUCAAGACCAUUAAGGAUGGGAGGGUUGUCGAUAUGCCGAAGAAGUGA